AUGCUUAAUAAGGUCGUUGUUUUUGGUGGCACUGGAUUUUUGGGUAAGAGAAUUUGCCAAGAAGCCAUUGAAAAGGGAUUUCAAGUCGUAUCGCUCUCGAGAUCGGGUAAACCACCAGCUCCACAAUCUUUGAGAGAUGAAAGAUGGAUAAAUGAGGUGAAUUGGAAUAGUGCCAACGUGUUCUCUCCCGAUACAUACCAUAAACAUUUGGCAGGAAGCCCAAAUGUUGUUCACUCUCUCGGAAUUCUUUUGGAAGAGGAAAGCUACAAGAAGAGUGUGCGGAAACCGCUUAAUAUAUCGCUAGAUUUGAAGAACUGGUUGCCUAGUUUUGGCAAAAACCCUCUGCAAAAUAAAGAUCCAAAUUUUACCUAUGAAAGAAUGAACAAACAAAGCGCUCUAAUUGUGGCGGAUGCUCUUAUGAAGACUCUCGACCCUAGCAAAACAGCGGUAGAAGAUCGUCCGUCAUUUACUUACAUAUCGGCAGAUAGAGGAUUUCCACUGAUUCCUGAAGGGUAUAUAACCUCUAAACGAGGCGCUGAGAAGGAACUGAUGAAACGCGAUCAUCUAUUGAGGCCUAUUUUGAUGAGACCAGGCUUCAUGUUCGACUCCAAUAAAAGAUCAAAAGAUGCACGUUCGUACAUCCACAACGCCCUGGAGCUGUUAAAUUGUGGAAACAAAGUUAUUUUGGGAAACAAUGUGCAGCUUUUCAAUGAAGUGAUCAGACCAACAAUUUCCAUUCAACAAGUCAGCAGAAGUAUCAUUUCUAGGAUACGAGAUCAGCAAUUCGAAGGUGUUGUGAACCUAGAAGAUAUUCUCAAAGCAUAA